AUGGGCCACCUGCAGCUCUGGCUGCUCGUCCUGGCUGGGCUCACGGGGAUGGCGGCCCAGGAAGACCUGUACCGAAAGGUGUUCGUGUUCCGGAAGGAUCCCAGCGACGCCUUCGUGGCGCUGCGGGCGCGGCUGCAGCAACCCCUGCACAACUUCACCGUCUGCCUGCGCUCCUACACCGACCUCACGCGGCCCCACAGCCUCUUCUCCUACGCCACCAAAGCCCAGGACAACGAGAUCCUCCUCUUCAAGCCCAAACCCGAGGAGUACCGCUUCUACGUGGGGGGAAAAUUCGUCACCUUCCGCGUCCCCGAAGGCCGCAGGGACUGGGAGCACGUCUGCGCCAGCUGGGAAUCCGCCACCGGCGUCGCCGAAUUUUGGCUCAACGGGAAGCCCUGGCCGAGGAAGGGGCUGCAGAGGGGCUACACGGUGGGAGCCACGGCGUCCAUCCUGCUGGGGCAGGAGCAGGACAGUUUCGGGGGUGGUUUUGACCUCUACAAUUCCUUCUCGGGCGAGCUGACCGACGUCUACCUGUGGGACGCGGGGUUGUCGCCGGACAAGAUGCGCGCGGCCUUCCUGUCCUUGCGCCUGCCACCAGCGCUGCUGGCCUGGAACAGCCUCAGCUACGAGGUGAAGGGAGAUGUGGUGGUGAAACCCCGGCUCCGGGAGGCUCUGCAGGCCUGA